AUGGACACCCGGCGCCUCGCCGCGCUGGGCCUCCCGUUGGUCGGCGGCUUCCUGAAGGCCCACCUCCCGCCCACUGCUGCACUACCACCGGCGCCGGCGCCGGCGCCGACUUUGCCGCCGGAGUUGGAGCGGGGCUCGGCGGCGCAUGGCCUCGCAGAGGCCAUGCGCCGGCCCCUGCCGUCCAGCGGCGAGGAGCUGAGUGUGGUGUCCUUCAACAUGCUGCUGAAAGGCUUCGACCAGAAGCCCUACUACCCCAGCGUGCCCAGCAGUCUGCGCGCCUGGCCCCUGCGCAAGCUGCAGCUGCAGCGCCUCAUCUCCGGCAUCGGCGCCGAUGUCUUCUGCAUGCAGGAGGUGGAGUGCCGCACCUUCGAGGAGGAGUUCUGCGAGUUUCUGGCCGGUGCCAGCUACGGCGCCGUGGCGCCCAGGGACGACUCCCAGGGCAAGAUCCCGGAGCUCGCGAAGUGUGCCAUCUUCUUCAAGUCCUCGAAGCUGGAGCUGCUGUGGACGGACCACCGCAGCCGCGCGGUGCUGUGCGCCUUGAGGCACCUGCCCAGCCACCAGGUGGUCUAUGUGGCCAGCUGUCAUCUGGAAGGCCACCCGGGCGAGGGCGCGACCAGGCUGACCCAGCUGAGGAAAGCGCUGCAGUCCAUUCGCAGGCACCAGCAGCAAUCCGGGUUCCUCGACUCGGCGCUGAUCUUCGCUGGGGACUUCAACGAGGACGAGACGGGCGCAGUGUGCCAGAGCCUCAAACGCCCGGAGGACGCCGAAGGCUUUCGGCUCUCGGACCUCUACGCCUCCCACGGCAAGCGCGGCUUGCGCGGAGCGCGGCCCCCCACCUUCGCCGCGCCGGGCUCGGAGCUGCGGGCCAUCGACUUCGUCUUCUACUCGGAGCAUUUGGUGCCCCGCGCCAUCCGCGCGCCCUUCACGGCCGAGCAGCUGGCGGCGGCGGCCAAAGACGCCAUCCCGGCGGAUUGGCACUUCAGCGACCACGUGCCCUUGGGCGCCACCUUCGCCUGGCGGAACGAAGAAACCGCCUCCGGCGCUGAGAGCGCCGUGGUGGUGUAG